UAUUAUUAAUACUAAAUAACUUAUUUUUGUGUUACAAAUAAUAAUAAUAAAGCACUGGAUUACGCAUUAUCACUUUUUGCUUAAAAAAAUGUUGCUAUAGUAACUCGUUACAAACACGGUCCUCCAGUCUCUUUCCCAACAAUGAUUUUAAGCAGAGUUAAGCCGGCUAUAAGUGCCUCAAGUGACCCCGGCACUUCAGUUCGUGACAAUUCCACCAACGUCCCUAAAUUCGAGGAUUACCUCAAAAAGCGGGACUACACCGGCGCUAUGACCUUACUAGAAUUUAUGCAAAUCCAAGAGCCCGACGUGAACAUAGACCUCUGGAUGGGUUACUGCGCUUUCCACCAAGGAAACUACAAAAAAGCGCUAACUAUUUAUGAAAAUUUGCUGAAAUCGAAGCCAGAUCUGGACAACCUUGCGGUGAAUUUGGCUUGUUGUUACUUCUACUUGGGGAUGUACGAAGAAUCGAAAGAGAUUUUUCAAAAAUCGGGGCCCAGUGGGCUAAAAACGCGCCUAAACUUUCAUUUGUCUCACAAAUUGCGCGACGAGGCGGCUUUGAUGGAGCACCACGAGCAGUUGCAGGACGUCCUCGAGGACCAGUUAAGUCUGGCGGCUAUACACUACUUGAGGGCUCAUUACCAGGAAGCCAUCGAUAUUUACAAACGGUUAUUGCUGCAAAAUCGUAAUAAUCUAGCCCUGAAUGUUUACGUGGCGCUCUGUUACUACAAGCUUGAUUAUUACGACGUGUCUCAGGAAGUUCUGACUUUGUAUCUCAACCAGUACCCGGACUCGGUCAUCGCAACAAACUUAAAAGCCUGUAACCACUUCCGGCUUUACAAAGGCUCAGUUGCCGAAAACGAAUUGAGAUCAAUCGUCGAACAAAGCGCAAAUGUUGGCUUCGGGUACGAUCUAGUCAAACACAAUCUAGUUGUGUUCCGAGAUGGCGAAGGCGCUAUGCAAGUGUUUCCAUCGCUGGUUGACGUAAUCCCAGAAGCGAGGCUGAAUCUUGUCAUACAUUAUUUAAGAAAUGACGAUAUUAAGGAAGCUUAUGAUCUGUUGCAAGAUUUACAACCGGCCGUGCCCCAGGAGUAUAUCCUCAAAGGGGUUGUCAAUGCGGCCUUAGGACAGGAGUUGAACUCUCCUGAUCAUAUUAAAACAGCAGAGGAGUGUUUCCAGUUAGUUGGGAGUUCGGCGAGUGAAUGUGAUACGAUCGAUGGGCGGCAAUGUAUGGCCGCAUUUUUCUUUCUAGCGGGACAGUUUGAGGAAGUCCUCGUUUAUUUGUCCUCAAUCAAAAGCUUUCUCCACUCAGACGAUACAUUUAAUUUCAACUUCGCCCAAGCCAAGACCGCUUGCAGCCAGUUUAAGGAGGCCGAAGAGACGUUUCUCCUGAUUCAGGACCCGAAGAUAAAGGAGAGUCCGAUUUAUAUUUCCAACUUGGCUCGGUGUUACGUCAUGAAUGGACGGCCCGAACUGGCAUGGGAGCUUUAUUUGAAGAUGGAAAGUAGUCCCGAGAGCUUCAAUUUGUUGCUUUUGAUUGCCAAUGAUUGCUACAAGAUGGGGCAGUUCUGGUACGCCGCCAAGGCCUUCGAUAUGUUGGACAGACUGGACCCCAAUCCGGAGUUUUGGGAGGGAAAAAGGGGCGCAAUUGCGGGGGUUUUCCAAGGGGUGGUGGCCCAGAAGUUCCCAGUGGACAUGCUGGGUGAUGUGUUGCAGCUACUGAGGAGCAGCACCUCGACCCAGGCUGACCAAAUGGCCAAAGUAAUAAGACAGUGGGUGAAGGAGAAAAGGGUCACGGUUUCAUAAUAAAUAAGCCCCCAUUUAGUCGCUGUAUUUUCUCUAAUUUAAUUCUAGCAAUAAA